AUGUACUUCGUUGAAGAGGAUGAAGAGGUGGUUGAACGACCAAGACCUUCUCAAUCGCAACUUUCUUUGCAGGUUCAGCGAUUAUGUAAUCCUUAUUUGUCCGCCAGACAUGUCAUCCUCCACCUUGUCGACGCAAAAGCAAAAUUAAUUUUCCGAAGAGAGCGAAGGAAUGUCAACGUGCUCGUUGAUUGCCGCGGAGAGAAAACAACAAGAAAAGCUGCUUGGCAAUCACGGCAAUGGAAUGGUGACAGGAGGGUCCGGAUCCAGCCGAACGUGUUUGAUCCGCAGAUCAAUGAUCGUCUUAUCGAAACACCACCAUCCUUCUUCGGCAUCGUCGGCGCGACACUCCUUGGACGGCUUCGUAGCUGGCACCCGGCCCUUGGCUGA